AUGAUUUCAACAAUCGGCACAACAACAAUUCAAGCCACGAACGGCGGGACUCUGUCCACAACUACAGCACCAAACUCGUUAGUCAUGAAUCCUACGUCAAUGUUAGUAGAAAUGAAAAGCUUCAUUCCUUCUUCAUUUACUUUCGAAACAGAAAUCCAGAAGAUAAAGCAAGAACUUUUAACAAGUAA